GAUUGUUAAGCGCGGGCCGCUAACACAUACAGACUAUCAACUCUUCCACUCUCCAAAACCACGUUUAUUUUUCAAUCUCAAUUUGCAAGCACACAUUGGAAACAAUUGUGAAACCGAUGUAUACACAGAGAAAGUGUUUUGCUCUGCAUGCGGUACAUUACUAACCAUCUGUCUGGAACAGUUCACGUCUUUGGCCAAGUACUGCUUUCUACUUGUGGAUAAAAUAUCACUUUUAUUAUUAUUUAAGAAAGAUGGCAUCAACUCAGAGCAUGAAAUCAGAAGUACAGUGCGCUGUAGACUUCCUCCGAAGCCAUCUAUACAACAAACUGCCUCGUCGAAGGGUCAACGUCCUGGCUGAGGAGAUAGAGAAAGCCCUCUACCUCAAGUUUGGCGGUCACUGGUAUCCUGGUCAACCCAAUAAAGGAUCAGGCUACAGGUGUAUCCGAAUCAACCGUCUCAAGGUGGAUCCAGCUGUCGAGUCUGCCAUUAUACAGAGUGGUUUAGACGUGGAUGAGGUGGUAGAGAACCUUCCUCAAGAACUAACAAUGUGGAUGGACCCUGGUGAAGUGAGUUAUCGAAUCACAGAGAAGGGCGUGGUCACCGUCAUCUACAAACAGGAGACAGUCGUCGAAGAGGGUGCUGAACCUGAAGCUCCAUUCUCAUUGGUUGAUUCUUUGGGUUCAUCCCUGCAAGGAUUUCACAUCAAUGCCGCACCGUCCGUCCCGUCUACAAGUGGUACUACCAGUCCUGUAGCUCCGGGUAGUCCUGGUGGUAGAUCGUCCAGUAGCUCCACAUCUACAAGUGGUGCAACCACUCUCGUCCGACCAAACGCACUCACCUUUACUGCAGCCUCAUUUGCUCAGACCAAAUUCGGUUCAACCAAACCCAAGAAUUCGGGUAAACGAGUCAACUUCCAGCAGCUAUCCCCGACAGAGUUUGCAAACUACAUGAAACAGCGAUCAGCUAUGAAGAACUACCGCAGCAGUCAACGUUCACCGCAGCAGCUCUCACCUAAUGCUCGAGAGUUCGUUCCUUCAAUGCAGAACCAGUACACAACACCAUGGAGUGAUGCCAGUGGUACUCCUGGAGCCGGUAUCCAGACAACACAUGCUUCUCCUACAUCACAUACUACAGAGAGUUGGUUUCUACCUGAGGGAUGGGGUCUACCUACUACAAGUCCAGCUGACCAGUAUAAUCAACAACCCUCAAUGAUUGCGGCCAACUAGCUCAAGAACUGUGGGCUCUUAACAUCAACAAUGCGACCGUUUUCAUAUCGCUGAAAUAUAGCCUCAUUCGCACUCUUAACGUGCUGUGUUAAAAACUCAAGAAGUACUUCCGUUUUUUUGAAUUGCAAAGUGCAACACGUUUCAUUGUUGCACUCCGCAGCUUUAUAGCCGAACUAUUUUUUCAUGAAUUGUUACUGUUGUUUAAGAAUUCAAAUACUAUUUACACGAUUUUACUAUUCUAUACUAUAUAGCGCAUACUAUUUUGAUAUUACAAUGGAGGCCGGUAAUCCUCUAUUUUUUUUACAAAUGGACAUAAAAUGGAAGGCUUUAAGUACUGCGUAUUGUUAUGUGGUUUAUGAUUGUGUAAUGCUACCAUAUUUCUCUCUCAUAAUUAUUCUCUUUCUCUCAUCUUUUCCUUUCUCUUUCCUCUUUUCCCUUUUCUCUGAUUGUUGUACAUAAAAUGCGAGAUUGUAUUUCGACGGCCUAAUAGCUUUCAUUCGUCAAUCACUUCAUUUAAUGUCGAAAAUAUGUCAUUAUAACAGGGAAGGUACAGAGUAUGUCAAUAUAUUUUGUCUCUUUCUUGGCAUACCCUGUACUCAGGUCCCGCGUGGCAUAUUUUGUACAUAGUACGACUGACAUAUAUCAUGAUUAUUCAAGGUGAGCUUCAGCUGUACCUCAUAAAUUAUACAUACCGUAUCAAGUAUUGAAAUAGUAAUUUUGUACUCGUAAUUUUAAUCUACAACACAAGAAUUGUACAGUUUCUUAUUGGAUUUUGGCCAGUGUUUUAUGACGAAGCAGUAACCAAAGGCGACCGUGCACUUGAGCCAACCGCCGCUGCUAUGUGUAGAUGUAGGAUAGUAAAUACACAUAACGCACGCACAUACACAAACACACAAACACACGCACAUGUGUAUUGUGCAUGUCAAAUUCCAAUAGUAUUCUGUGUGUAGCUUGUGUGAUAUGCAAAUCAUGUCACGUGAUUAAUUACUUGGUGGCGUGUUUGUCACCAUGUACACUGACGUACUUGAAAAUCAAUUCAUCUAGACAAGAUUUUAUAUAAUUUCAAUCCCUGUGACAUUUUUUAGUCCAGUGGGAUAUAUUUUCUUACGCAAUUUGUACAUAUAUAUUUUUUCGCUUGUUUUAACUUUUAAAUAUUGACCGAUUUGAAAGUUUAUGUAUAGUCCUUUCGUAAAGAGCGGUUCUGGGUCUAAGGCUUUAAUUACUAAAGAAAUUAGAAUUAUUUAUGACAUCUGUGUAAAUUUUGUGUGAAAUUGAUGAUAUAUAUAUUUUUCUUUCGAAGAAGGAACGUGCAUAUUUUGCCUUGAAUCUCACCUUGUUAUUAAUUGUCGCCAUCUACGUUCACUAGAAUCCCAUUCCUGGCAAAACAUCUCUCACCAGUUGAUAUUUUCAGAACGGAGCUAUUCCUCCUCAAAUUCUUCAAAUUUUACUUCAAAUGGUAUAAUAUAGUACUAAUCACAACCGACUUUUUUAUAUAAAAUAUAUAAGUGACAAGCCUCUUCUAACGGAUGUGACUAUUGACCUUGGUAUACCAAGAAUAUUCGCACAACUAUUUGAUGGUAGCGAAUGAGACAAGAAGGUGUCGGGUUUACUUUAUGACAGUGUAGACGAGCUUUAAGGUGAAUUCUUGUUUGUUACGGACUGUGCAAUACAACAUGUACUUAUUUUUCAAGGAUUGGAUGGUGCGUCUAUCCGUUCAGCCAUGAUUAUAUUAUGAUCAAAUUUGUAAGUUUAUAUUAAAUAUACUUUCAGAGCAUAACAAAAA